AUGGACGUCCAUCUUCUUGUCUACGACUUAUCAAAUGGUCUAGCUAAGCAGCUGUCCCUUGGACUACUAGGCUUUCAGCUUGAUGCUAUUUAUCAUACUUCAAUCGAAUUAGACAACAAGGAAUAUGUCUAUGAUAGUGGUAUAAAUGUGAUCCGGCCCGGAACCUCUCACCUGGGUCAACCUUUGGAACGAAUUCACCUUGGGAAGACCGAGCUGCCUAUAGAGGUAAUCCUUGAAUAUCUCGAUUCGCUUAAGCAUAUAUACACCCCCGAAGCCUAUGAUCUGUUUCGACAUAAUUGCAACAAUUUCAGCAAUGAUUUUGCCAUGUUUCUAUUAGGAAAAGGGGUGCCAAGCCACAUAGCGAAUAUGCCACAAGCUGUUCUUGAUUCUCCAUUCGGAAGAAUGCUGCAACCUCAACUCUCACAGAUAGUCGAGCAGAGAAAAGCCCAGCGAGGUGGACUCCUCGGUAUCCAGGAUAAUGUCCAACCGCAUACAAACGGUACCGCAAACAGCGCCGGUUCAUCGACUCACCCUCAGCGUCUAAGCGUAAUUAAUAUUACUAAUAUCCGGGAGUUCGAUGAUAUGCUAGAAAGAGCUAGGAAAUCAUGUGCCAUCAUCUUCUUUACUUCGGCAACAUGUGGUCCCUGUAAAGCCCUUUAUCCUCUUUACGACGGACUAGCAGCGGAGCACGGGAGUAAAGUCGCGGUGGUGAAAGUUGAUAUAUCUCGAGCCUUUGAUGUUGCGCAGAGAUACUCCAUUAGGGCAACACCCACGUUUAUUACGUUCGUCCAUGGUAAAGAAGGAGAACGAUGGAUGGGCGCAGAUGCUUCUCGGCUUAAGAGUACCGUCGAACUACUAGUUCAAAUGGCGGUUCCGAGCCAUCCGCACCGAAUGCUCAGGCUGCCUCGUUUCGCGAACGCCGAGUUGAAACCAGUAUUGUACGAAAAGGUCCCACCGCUUUCGAAGCUAUUGUCUAAACUAGGGUCAAAAGCCGACGACCCUUCGGUUCAGAGUGUGAAGAACUUUAUUGAAACUCGGUCAUCUGAAGGUCCUGCAGAAGCUCCACUACCUGACUUGCCCGCCUUCUCUAAAUUUUUAUGUUCUGCGGUUGAAUCUCUGCCUAAGGAAGUCUUGUUCACAGUCGUGGAUCUCUUCCGCUGUGCCCUUGUGGACGAACGGUUUAGCGGAUACUUCGCAGAAGAACAUGAUCAGAAAACAGUGGUCACCCUCCUUGACGUUGUGAAUAAAGAGAGCGACUGUCCUUACGCUCUAAGACUUGUUACUUUACAGAUGGCCUGCAAUUUAUUUUCAAGUCACCUAUACGCUGAACAGAUCCUCGGACAAGAGACGCUACGAGGCCAAAUCACGCGGCUCAUAUCAUCAAGCUUCCUAGACGACAGUCGCGAUAAUAUUCGAGUAGUUGCGGCAUCACUAUUAUUCAAUGUAGCUAUCGCGAAUUAUCAGAUGAGACAGGAGUCAGGGGACGUUCUCCCCGAGGAUGACCAAGUAGAGCUUGCCGCGUCGGUAGUAGAAGCCAUAUCUCAAGAAGAAUCCUCUAACGAGGCAUUGCACGGCAUGUUGUUGGCGCUUGGGUUCCUAGUUUAUUGUGCACCUACAGAAGGCGACCUCAUAAACUGCCUGAAAAUUAUGGAUGCAGAAGGAACUAUUCUUGGAAAGAAGAAAGUCUUCUCGAAAGAACCUCUCAUCACUGAGGUAGGAAGUGAGUUACUGGGGAAAGGCCUCGCGAGAAGAUAG